CACGGCGGCGGCAAGAUGGCGCUGGGCGGGGGCCUGGCGCUGCUGCGGGCGGCGGCGGGGGCCCUGCGGGGACCGGGGCGGCCGCUGUGGGGCCAGGGUGUCCCCGGUGUCACCCCAUCGAGGCCCUGCAGCGCCGAGGCGCCCCCCAAGCCCUCGGAGCCCCCGUCCCCCUACAAGGAGAAGCCCUGGGAGUACCUGGAGAGCGCAGAGUACCAGGAGGCGUACGGGGACAAACCCGUCUGGUUCGGCUAUCGGCGCAACCACAAGGGCGCCAUCCCGCCCCAGCACACCCGGAAGGCCUGUCUGCGCAAGGGGAAGCGGGUGGGGAACCCGUGCCCCAUCUGCCGGGACCGCCACCUCUUCGUGGAUUUUCGGAACGUGAAGCUCCUGGACCAGUUCAUCUGCCCCCACUCGGGCUCCAUCUUCCACCCCACCCACACAGGGGUCUGCAUGAAGCAGCACAAGCUCCUGCUGAAGGCCAUCGCGCAGGCACAGGACCACGGCCUGCUGUGGCUGCACGUCCCCUUCGUGCCGGUGCCUCAGGACGACUUCGCCGCCCGGCCCCCGGCCGUGGGGAAGACGCCGCCGGCCCCGCAGCUGACGGCCGGCCGCGCCUGGUACCCGUGGUACGACUGGCAGCAGCCGCCCCCCGACGCCGUCGCCCGCCUCAGGCGCCUCUACAAGGACUACCUCCGGCAGGAGGAGGGCGGCCCGGCCCCGGGAGGAGCCCCCGAGGCUCAGUGAAGGGGUCGGAGGGGGGAAUAAAGCGGCUGCCGCCCCGC